GGCACACAGGAACAUGGCUCUCCCUGUCUUUCCUUCCAUUCUGCCUCUGUUGGCAACCUUGGUAGAAAGGCUUUGGAGUAAUAACUGGUAAAUGACCUUAAUCUAUGGCCUUCAGGUUGGAGGAAUAGAUUGCUGUUGGCAAGAAGUUCACCAAUGUCAGAAUCACAGCCACCAGGCCUUUGGGACCCAUGGCGGCAGGGUGAGCAGAAGAAGGAGGUCAGGGAGGAUGUGGCAAUUGGGUCCUUUCCCAGGGAGGAGAAACCCAGGCUUAUUCACAGGGUGUGUCGCUGUGCUCUCAAUCUGCCUCGUCUCACCUGAGUUCCUUUCAGUGCUCUGAACUGAGCUGAGUCACAGUCUUAGAGCUCUGUCCUUCAUCUUUUUUGGGAGCCCUCACUUCCUCUUUUGAGAAAGCUGGAACCUGAGUGCUCCACUCCAAGAGAGAGAGAGAGAGAGAGAGAGUGCUCUCUAGAGCCAGGGAGAGCAGGAAGAGACAUAUGCCAGAGGAGGUACGAGGCCUGGAAACCAAGGCUGAAGUCGGGAAAUGCCAGAAAAUGAGUGGUGAGCCGGCUGCACUCUGACUUGCUGGCCCGGACUACAACAGGGUUUCCAGGGCUGCUUAUACUCUGUGGGAAUCCUGGGACCAGCUGAGGAUGCUGCCCUGGCUUCUUGUCUUCUCUACCUUGGUUCUUCCGGCAUGGGGUGUUUCCUCCCGGGAAAACCCGCAAACCAAACAGGUGUUGGAAGGGCUGCAGCGGCUGCUGGGCAGCCUCUCCCAGCUGGCCGAGAAGGGCAGCAUGGGCCGUGAUGAUGUCUUCGUCGUGGUCUCCCGUGAGGAAUGGGGGGCGGAAGCAGCUGGCUGCAGCUCUAAGCUGAGGAGACCCGUGGAUGUCCUUGUCAUACACCAUGUCCCUGGGCUAGAGUGCCGCAACCAGACCGUCUGUGGUCAGAAGCUUCGGGAACUGCAGGCCUAUCAUAUCCGCAACGGCUGGUGUGAUGUGGCCUACAAUUUCCUGGUUGGGGAUGAUGGCAGAGUAUAUGAAGGUGUUGGCUGGAAUGUCCAAGGCUCACACGGCCAGGGCUACAACAACAUCUCCUUAGGCGUUGCCUUCUUCGGCACCCAGGAAGGACGCAGUCCCAGCCCUGUAGCUCUGUCAGCCAUGAAGGGCCUGAUUUCCCAUGCUGUGAAGAAGGGCUACUUGUCAUCCAAGUACAUCCAGCCACUUCUUGUGAAAACUGAAGACUGCCUGGCUCCUGCACAGAUGGGGGGACAGAAGACAGCUUGCCCCCACAUUGUUCCACAGUCUGCGUGGGGGGCAAGAGAGUCCCACUGCCCCAAGAUGGCUCUCCCUGCGAAGUAUGCCAUCAUCCUUCACACUGCUGGGAGAACGUGCAGUCAGCCCGCUGAGUGCCGCCUGCUGGUCCGAGACCUCCAGUCCUUCUUCAUGGACAGACGAAACACGUGUGACAUUGGAUACAACUUCCUCGUGGGCCAGGAUGGUGGUGUUUAUGAAGGGGUGGGCUGGAACAGUCAAGGUGCCUGCACUGAUGGGUAUGAUGACAUUGCUUUGAGCAUCGCCUUCAUGGGCAUCUUCACAGGUUCCCCACCCAAUACAGCUGCUUUGGAGGCAGCCCAGGACUUGAUCCAGUGUGCCGUGGUCAAGGGGUACCUAACCCCCAACUACUUGCUAAUGGGUCACAGUGAUGUGUCCAACACUCUGUCCCCUGGGCAGGCAUUGUACAACAUCAUCAGGACGUGGCCUCACUUCAAGCACUGAGGGAGACCCCAACCCUCUCUGAGGACGCUCUUCCUCCUGCUGGGCAUCUGUCCUCCCCUCACCUUGGACUGGCAUCUCUGUCUUCUCAUUGCAAAGCUUUGCCUUGAUUAUUUCCUGCAUUGGGACGACCGUGUCCUCUCUUGGUGACAUCCACCACUCACAGUCCCUUGAGUCUGAGUUGAGCCUCUUCUCUCCUGGGCAUGUGUCUGCUCAGCCAGGUGAGGUAAUGGACUGGUUCUUGUCACACCUCUUUCCCUAGUUGUCUGCCCCUCUGCCUGGUACACAGGCACCUAUGGUCUGUCUGGCAGCUUCCAGUGGUCAUCCACAGCCCAGGCGGGUGCCCUUCCCUCUUCUGCCCACACAUCCACUUGUGCAUAUGUGAAUGCUUCGUUGCAGACAAGCAGGUUCUCUUCUGGCUUGUUUUUCCAGAGCAGCAUCUGAGAUUUCUUCACCACUGGGUGAAGUAGCCUGGGUCAGCUCUGGAUCUGUGUCUAAGUGUUAGUAGAUACUAUGGGUGUUUGUUGGAGAAAUCGAUGAACCCCUCUGUGGAAGCCCUGCUGUCCAGUGUCCCAUCUUGCCGUUAUUCUCAGCACUUGGUUGGAGGCUCGGAGCUGGCUGUGUUGACUUGUCCAGAACAGCUACUGUGUCUCUAAAGUCCCCAUGCCAUUGUUUUCAUAGGGCACCCUGAGUGCCAGGACCACAUGCUCCUUCAAGGUCAAGGCAGACCUGUGUCAACACUUGCUGCCCAGUACCAAGGCCUGCCUGGACCUGGAUGGGUCCUUAAUGGCUGACCCUGGUGCUCUGAAACCCUGCCUUCCUUUCCCUCAUUUGUUGUAAGCACAUGAAGCCUUGUUUUUCUCUAUGUUGUUCUGCAAAAUGGAAGGAAGACUAAGGGGAAAACAAGAGAAAUGAAUAAAAGGAACAUAAUGUAGGGGUUGU